AUGGCCACGCCGGCUGCUGCGAUCACCGUGGGCACCACCACGGCCAAGAUACCCGAGAUUGAUGAGGUCUGGAAGGCUGCGCAGAAACUCCGUGGUACGAUUGUCAAGGAACUGGAGCAGGUACAGGGCAGAGAAGCUGCCAACGAGGUGGCUCGCUUCGAGAAAGUCGAGAAGUUGAUGGAGCAUUAUCGCCUUGCCUGUGUCGAGGUCAUCUGGCCCGACUUCCGAGUUACCAAGGAGAAGCACGUCGAGGACACUCUUUGGCAAGUUCACACAUUGAUCACCAAGGCCUACCGAAAGGUGCUUGGUAGGUUGAACGGCAACGACAAUGCCGUACUUCGACGUAGAGUUGAGCGGUUAUACGCCGCCUACUUGAAGACUGCGCAGUCCUUCUACAAGGGUUGGCUGCAGAGAGUGUGCGCUCGGUACAACAUCAAGGAUCUUCAACGCAUAGCGCGCGUUAUUGGCAUCGAGAUGUCUGUCCCAAAGGCCCACACGGUUGACGCUGCUGCUCAUAGACUGGAUGAGAUUGUCAGGGACUCGUGCCACAAGACGCUCAUCUACCUGGGAGACCUUGCUCGAUAUCGCACUCUUCUUCGCAACAAGGACCGCAACUGGGAUAAUGCGCUGUCGUACUACUUUCUCGCGAACGACCUGGCCCCAGAGUCAGGCUAUGGCCACCACCAGUGCGGCGUCAUUUACGCCGAGGUUGACGAUCACUUGCACAUCGUUUAUCACAUGUACCGCGCAAUGGUCUGUGACAAGCCGCAUCCAAAUGCUGCGCCGAACCUUGAGCGAGAGUUCCGCGACAUCCAGAAGAAGAGAGGCGGGGAUGCCAGACAGGUCUUCAUCACUUGGUUUCUGAAGCUUCAGGCCUUCUACUACCAGGGCAGAGAAUUCUCUGAGCGUAAGGAACUCGAGAAUGAAGUUGACCAUCGUCUGGCCGUCGCCAUGAAAUCAGGCACACUUUUCAAAUCGGACCAAGAUUUGCUCAAAAUCAUUCUGAUCAACAUCACAAGCUAUGCCGCUUGCGCACAAAAGGUUCAGGGUAAGAUUAGAUCUCGCUCAUGCCAAUAUCUGCUCCUUCUCAACAUUCGCACUAUCCACACCAUCUCAAAGCUGCUCCGAGACGAGCUUAACGAGCUGGUCAAACGUCAACCAGUGGAGACCACUCCAGCGCAAGAACAGGGCAAGUUCACGCCCGUCUUCGCCCGCGUCUUGCCUUUCCUGCGCGUGUACAUGGCUUGGCUAUGCUUCUACAGCACUGAGCUGAAGCAGUACCAGGAGCACUUGGAGCCUCAAUUUGGCGACAUGUGCAAGAUGCUCAGCAUGGCCCUGGGUCUCCUCCUGGAGUUCGUAGCAACCGCUCAAGAGCCUGGAAAGAUUGUUCCGUGGCGUUUUGCCGAAGACGAGCUCACACUCGGUGUGAACUGCCUCAACGGCCCAGAGUUGAAGGGUUGCCAGCUCUAUUGCGACCCGUUUAGCAAGCAACCCAAGCCGCGACGGGAUGAGUCCCCUGAGGAUGAGUACUCAAACGACGACAUUACUUGGAGCAGGAUGCUGCACGUUGCGCUCUGUGCUUUCGAGUUGGCGACUCCGGGAUCCCCGUUUCCGCUCGUCACUGCUACGGCCUCUUCCAAGGACGCGGAGGGAUAUGCGACCGUCGUGUACCACGAAGGCCCCAAACACUUACCGCCAAGCGUCCAGAGCCCGCAACCGGCCUCUUCUGCUCCUACAACCACCGCAGCCCCUGCGCCUCCUGCAGCCGUUGCCACGCCGGCUCAUGUACCUGCGGAAGUAGUAGCAGUCCCAAGCCCGUCAGACUCUGUUGAACUCUCGGAAGACCAAGAGUUCUAUGGAGAGCGAUUGCGCCGCGCCAGUGUCAUUGCCAAGCACUCUACAAGCAAGAGAAACGCUCAGCCCGCAGCGCAAAGCGAGAGUACCUCUCACUCCGCUGAGGCCAUCCGGGCCAGCCAGCCAGCGCAGAACUCAGACUUCCUUCCUAUUGAGAAUCAGAUCUUCAACAUCCUUAAUGAUUUCCUUAGCCCGCCGGAGACUCGCUCUGCCCAGAAGCCCGAAACGCCAACUCGACUGGUCCCCGAGGACAGCACCUCCUACGGUAUGGGUUCCUCCACGGCCAAUGAGGUCUUCGGUGCUGCUUCAUCGAGCCCUGGUCCAAACCCAGGUUCUGCCACGGGCAAGACCUUUCCCACGUUGCCAUGGUCUUACUUUUUGGACUCGGGGGCUGGUGGGCCAGCUCAGAAGAAUGGUGGAAGUAGUGCAGGAUCGAAUGGCUGGGACACCGCCAUGUCUUCAAGACCGGCCAGCCAAGGCAGUCCAGCCCAUCUUGCCGGCAGCCACGGUUUUAACAAUCCACUGGCGCACCAUCAACACCGCUCUUCUGCUUCAGGCUCGUUCUCCAGGGACCGUGUAAACCAGCUUCAAGGCUAUAGCCGUGACCCCUGGCAGCAAACUGGAAACAGCAUGGCUUCCCAGGGUAGGACUGCUUCGAAUCCUCUUUCACAGCAGAGCAUUUGGGGUCCGUCUAGCUCGCCCUUCUCUGGAUCGCACAACUUCUCUGCCAACCCGUCCAGCCUCCCUUCAGUCAACAGCGCUAUGGGCUUGCCAAUGAGAACUUCUGGACUUGGUUACCAGCAAAGCAACACGGCAGCUCGCUCACCUCUCUCCGGCAACCCUCUCCGUGCCUAUUCAAAUGGUGCGGACGGCGGCCAUAUCAACCCGCCUCCUGGGUUUGGUGGCAAUGCUGUUGCGGCUCUGGCAGACUCGGUUUAUACCACCUCUCCCGGCGCGCAUGGCCAUGGUCAUCAGACUUAUGGGUACCAGGACGCCAUCACCGCCCAGCAGCAGCAGAUGCUGGCGAUGAUGAGAGGCAAUGUCAACGCUGAGAACAACUGGAACGGGUUCAACACGGCUUCCAAGCCCUCGCAGACUCUGCCGCCGGGGCUUCAGAACCAGAUGUAUGGUGGUGCGUUUGCUUCGCAGCUGGGUAACCAGCAGCAGCAGCAGCAGCAGGCUAUGCGCAAGGCGGAAAACCUUCCUAAGCGCUGA